AUUUUUAGUUAUUCUCGGGAAGAAAGGUAAUUUGGUAAAUAAAAGAACUUCCCUUCUCUACUUAAAUUUUCAUCUUUUCGGCGAAAUCAGAAGGUUGCUAAUGGCUCUCCUCCAUUCCUGUUGUUUCCGGACACUUCCUCCACCUAAUUUUCUUCUUCCGUCAAAAAAUUCGACCUCCGAUUCCCUUUUUUUUGCAGUCUCUGCCAUACCCCCUCGACGUCGCCGUUUUCCACAGAACAGUCUCUCUCUUAAGGUGAAAGCUAGCGUCGCCGUUCAAUCUCCGGCGAAUUCCGGCGUCGACCACGCCGGAUAUUCCCCGAAGCUUCUACUUGAGGUUAAAGACCUUAAGGCCGUGAUUGCAGAAUCGAAAAAGGAGAUACUUAGGGGCGUUAACCUCACUGUCUACGAAGGAGAGAUUCAUACGGUCAUGGGGAAGAACGGUUCUGGGAAGAGCACUUUUGCAAAGGUUUUGGUUGGCCAUCCAGAUUACGAAGUUACAGGAGGUAGUGUUGUAUUUAAAGGCGAGAACUUGCUUGACAUGGAUCCAGAGGAAAGGGCUAUUGCUGGGAUUUUUAUGAGCUUCCAGUCCCCGGUUGAGAUCCCAGGUGUCAGCAAUAUUGACUUUCUUAAUAUGGCAUAUAAUGCUCGAAGAAGAAAACUUUGUCUGCCGGAGCUUGGACCAAUUGAGUUCUACGGCUACAUCUCUCCCAAGCUUGAACUUGUGAACAUGAAGAUAGACUUCUUAAAUAGAAAUGUUAAUGAAGGAUUUAGUGGAGGUGAAAGGAAGCGCAAUGAGAUUUUACAACUUGCGGUUCUGGGGGCAGACUUGGCUAUAUUAGACGAAAUUGAUUCUGGUUUAGAUGUUGAUGCACUCCGAGAUGUAGCAAAAGCAGUGAAUGGGAUUUUGACUCCAAAGAAUUCGGUUUUGAUGAUUACUCAUUAUUUACGACUUUUGGAAUUCAUAAAGCCCACCUACAUCCAUAUUAUGGAGGAUGGGAGAAUUGUAAGGACAGGAGACAUAUCCAUAGCCGAGGUUCUUGAGAAGCAAGGCUAUAAAGCAAUUUCAGUCACAUAACUGCUGGCCAGUUAUCAUCGUCAAACUCCGCAACCACUCCUUUUUUGUGAUCGGUCCAUAUCUCGACAAUAAAUUAAUGAGCAUUGGAGGAGUCAAGACAUGUAACGGUUCCAAAUUGCUUUUGUUAACAUCAAAGUCAAGCUAAAGGAUGAAUUAUUUUCUAUCUUAUCCAGCAUUGCUGGGAAACAUACGAGUAUCCUUGCUGUUGGUUGCAGAGUGAAGUACUUUGACCUCUUCCUGUUGUGAAUUUGUGGUUGUACAAUGAACUGCUUAUCUCGGCAAGUACUAUCUGUUAAAUUUUUUUUAUUAAGAUUGUUUCUUGAGACAUUUAAGCGCAAAGCCCAACCAACAAAAUGAACUUUACUCUUGUUUUGUA